UGGUCGUCUGCGUAGUCGAAUGCCUGGCAGCUGAGGGGUGCGGUUUUCGCUACGGUGGCCGGCGAGUAUCACGUGACCGUCGGCGCGAGCGGAGACUCCCCGCCCGAGAGAGAAUGGCGGUGCUGAAGGAAGCGGGCGGCUGAAGAGCGGCGAGGCCCGGAGGGGGUGGGGAGAGGAAGCCACUCGACCAGUGGUCAGAGCCAAAGGGGGUCGGGGGCGGAGAAUGUGGAGGAGCCGGCGCUGUUCUCCCUGAGAUCCGGGCGGGUGAGGAUCCGUCAGCCUGCUGACGGGCGGGCAGGCCCCUAGGCCUUUGUCUUUAAGCCGCCCCUCUGAAGCGGAACAGUCGCUAGAUGAAUUCCCGCUCGCUCCAGCGUUAAUUCUCCCUCGCCCUCUUCGUUUUUUGCCCGGCUACCCUUCCGUUAAAGGGGAGGGCAACUGUGCUUCCAGUCUGCCGACGUUUAAUCACUUAAAGGGGAGUGGUUGGUUAAAGGUACAGCUGCCGACUUUGCCGACUUUUAAUCACCUGAGGAAAGGUGUGCUGUGCUGUUCUGCUGAGUUUUAAUCAAUAGAAAGGCCUCCGGAGUUGCCCUCAUUUAGAGGGGAGGUUGGCUCCAAUCCAUUGGCUGGAUAAAGGGGGUCUGGAGGAGGCAGUAGGAAGUCAUGAGGGAGUACAAGGUAGUGGUGUUGGGCAGUGGGGGAGUGGGCAAAUCAGCUUUGACGGUGCAAUUUGUGACGGGCACGUUCAUUGAAAAGUAUGACCCAACAAUUGAGGACUUCUACCGCAAGGAGAUCGAGGUGGACUCAUCGCCCUCAGUGCUGGAGAUCCUGGACACAGCGGGUACUGAACAGUUUGCCUCCAUGAGGGACCUGUACAUCAAGAAUGGCCAGGGCUUUAUCCUGGUCUACAGCCUGGUCAACCAGCAGUCCUUCCAGGACAUCAGACCCAUGCGGGACCAGAUCAUACGCGUCAAGCGCUACGAGAAGGUACCAGUCAUCCUAGUGGGCAACAAGGUGGACUUGGAGAGCGAGAGGGAGGUGUCCUCACUGGAGGGUCGAGCCCUGGCUGAGGAGUGGGGCUGCCCUUUCAUGGAGACCUCAGCCAAGAGCAAGACCAUGGUGGAUGAGCUGUUUGCUGAAAUCGUAAGGCAGAUGAAUUAUGCAGCCCAGCCCGACAAGGACGAUCAGUGCUGUUCUUCCUGUGUACUGCAGUAAAAGACAACAACAGAACUGUUGAGACCAGAUGGAAUCAGCCCUGAUGGGGAGAACUGCACCUUCUCCUAUCCUGGGAGACAACUCGAUUAUUUCAUAUUGCUGUUACAAGAAGAUGAUGAUACCGACAGAGCUUUAUGACUAAAAUGAGAUUAAUUGCCAAUCGCUGUUCUUACUGUGUCCUGCAGCAAAGGGAGUAAAGCAAGUGUCGUUGGCUGACAGACACUGAAACACUUUUACGUGGGAGACCUGCACCUCCUCAGCCGGACAGUCUGAUUAUAUCAUCUUGCUGUUGUGGACGAGAGGAUAUCAUCAAGAGCUUUUUAAAAGAGCAGUGCUGCUCCUCCAGUCUCAUUCUGUUGAAAAAUAAAAGCAAGAAUAAUGUUGUUUUUGAAAUAAUCUCAAUUGGAUAUGAUAUAUGUGAAUGCAUCAGUUCUGACAUCAUCAGCCUGGGAGAACUAGACUGUUUCAUCCCAUUAUGGAAAAAAAUGCAAAUAAGAGUCAUUCAGAAAUUUAAGACUGAAGAUGAUGGCCAGUGUUUCAAUUGUGUAUGUGCACUGCUUUUAUAAGAUUGCUUUUUUUUUAAAAAGAGAAAAAAUACACAAAUAAUUUGAUAACAAGAUUGAACUCCACGCUUGACAGGCCUGGCUGCCCUCUUUUAAUGUGAUGCCAAUGAGGAAUUGAAAUCUCUGUUUUAAAGAGGGACGUAAGUCGGCUGAAGAGUCUUCUACAAAACCAAAAUGGGAGAGCAGAGACUUGUCAAGUUCUUGUCUUCUGCAGCGAAAGGGAAAGCGACCUGUGCGUGCUGCCUGGUGCACGUGGAGGAAGUAACAGGCUGCACACUGCUGCUGUUCACCGAUGUAAAGGCAAAAUCAGUGAACCUUUAAACUCUAGAGCCAAGAGAACAGACACCACAGGCUUUUCUUCAGGAUCCCAUCAGUGAGCACAAAUCGUUCCUCGGUACAUUCUGUUGGACGUUAACAAUCCGUUCUGUAAUUUCACAUGUCAUUGCAGGAGAAAUGAUGGACAUUAAGUUGCUCUGUUAAAGCCAGAGGAAAGGGGGAAACAAAUGGACUGUUGAUCCACCAAAAUGGUUGUGUCAAACAAGAAGAAUGCUUUUAAUUCAGUUUUAUUUAAUUUUGUGGGUGGCAUGUUAACUGCUCUGCAUUGUGUUGGUGCAAGCCCUUAGUGGUGGUCUUGUGUGGCUCUGCAGGGAGCUGGGGAAGGGAUUUCAGCUGUGGGGGAGGGGAAGCAAAGGUUUUCUCUAAUUUCUGUCUUGCACAGAAGUUUUAAUUUGUCAAAGUAUGAUUUGUUCUUAGAUCAAUGCUGUCCAACACUUGGUGAUGCAGAAAAAAAUGUAAUUGGCUUUGUACAGCUUCCAGACUUGGUAAACUACCUGCUUUUUCAAAUGGCUUUUUUUUUAAUGUUUGCCUCCAAAUGCAUUUUUGAAUGGCAAUUUCCAUUCCUUGCAACUUUUUUGUGGGGAUGGGGUGGAAGGGGAGAGAGAAAGGAACAGAAAAACUGUUUUCUGUGUGGAAUGUCAGUGGCCAGAUCAGAACGAUGCAGGAAUGGGAAGCUAGUCAAUUGCUUGCUAUGCCAAGAAGUAAAAUGUUAUUUGUCCAAGACAAGGAAAUUAGAAUCCUCCUGUGACCAAAGGUUUUCCACUGCCCUGUAGAUGACAGUUGUUGGGUAAAUGAAGUAAAGGGGCAAGUUCGGUGACCUUUGCUUCCCAGGUGUGUAAGUGGGACUUGGUCCUGUUCUGAAUGGGUGUCUGUAAGUGGUGGCUCUCCACCAAGGGGGUGGGAAUGUCCUUGCACACUCUUUGUUCUGGUAGAUGUGGGCAACAAAGAUGGGGUGGGGAGUGGGAAGACACCUCUAGGAUUGGCUGGAACCUUCGGUUAAGUUUUAAGACUGUGCAGAGUGGAGGGGACUGUUGUUCCCCCAUUCCCACACAUGACUUCAUCUGCUAGCAGGCAUGUUUUAAGUGGGUAUAGUGGUAUGUGGAGCUCAAGGGGAAUGUGUGCCCUGAGAUCACGUGUACCAUGUUGGCAAUUUCUCAAAUUCCACAGCUUUCCAGUUGAAAUUUUUUUUUAAAUGUACUUUGUAUCGGCACUACAGUCAAUCCAGACAAAUGUGAUUCAAAUUCUUGUAUUGCACGUUGAGGAAAAAUCGUAUUGCAUUUGCUGCUUGAUUCUGUAGAAAUGGAAGCCUUUUGAAAUGAUCAAAUUUUACAAUUAUUCCCCUCAAUUUCCUUUUCUGAUGCAGAAAUGGCGGGAAUAUAUUUUCUUUUAUGACUGGUGCUCAGUACUUCAAGUAUUAUGGGGAUUUUUAUUUUUUAUCGUUGAACCAAGAAUAUAAUGUAUGCAUGGCUGAAUACCAGAUCAUUGCUGAAGUCUAACAUUGAAGCAUUCUGUAGUUGUUAAAAUUGAGUGCAGUAAUGAAGUGUUUUGGUCACUGCUGUCUUAUUUUGCUUUUAAAUAUGACAGUUGUGUUACAAGAGCAUUUUAUAUUUUAUCUUUUAAAAUGGCAUUGCAUAGAACCGGCAAUUGGAAUUAUGGUUUUUUUUUUCAAAAGUCGAUCCCUACAAAGAGAAUAGUAACAAGAAUGUCGUUAAAAGUUCUAACCCUUGAUCAAACAAACCUUGUGUGGAGAUGUGAUGCACCCUGUAUUCAGCUUUUGCCACAGGAUUUCCCAGGGAGUGCUUUACUUGGGUCUAAGUGAAAAUCUGAACAGUUUUGUGUGUAUCCAAUACAAGUAGAGCAGCUAGAUUCAUUGGGAUCUUCUUUGAGGAUUUCCUGUUCUAGGGAGCUGCUUUGACCCCUCCUGUGGAUAACAUCCUGCAUCUUCAACAAUCUGUGGUGGAUUCUGUGACUUCAUCUGUUGAAGAAAUAUUUUAAACACAAGCGCAGAUUUAUUGGGUGAAAGGACCUCUCUGCAGAUUGGGAUCAUUUCUGGUCUAAUGAACGAAAAUGCAGUAAAUGGGGGAUCCACUCUGUAUGAUGCUUCUGUAAAGGAUGAUGGAAGCCUUAGCCUCGUGCGGACAUUUUUAAGCAUUCAGAAAUAUAUUUGGUUAUCCGUAUAUCUCAGCUUCAGUUUACAUUUUUUAAAAGUGUCUUGCAUUGUUUUUAUUAUUUACCUGAAUUUUAAUGUGUAUUUACAGCAAUGCUUCAUUUGAUUUUUUUUUUAUUUCCCAACCCUUUAAAAACAUCUGUGUGGGCAACAUUCUUUGCAAUGUACAUAAUUUAGUUGGGGCUGGCAUAAUCUCAUUUUAAAGAUGUUCGACAGUGGUGGUUUGAUUUUAAAUUUCCAGAAUACAAUUUCAGCCAUUGCUUAAAUUGACAUUUUGAAGAAAGUAGCCUGUGCAUGGGACAGAAGACCCACAGGUACACAAAUUGCUAUCAUAAACGCAGGUAUUUCUUUUCAAUCUGAUGCUUCCUGGAAUUAGAUGAGACCAUUUGUUCAGAAAAUGAUGGUUAUCGUUCUAAGGAAGUAACUUUAAUGGGAGUUGUGAAGGGAAGGGAGAGAUUUGGUGGGGGGGGGGGGUUAUGUCUAGUCUGCACAAUUGCCACCAAGCUCUCAUAAUGAUGCUAAUAUCAGUUUUAGCAAGUUUGCUUUUGACAUUCCAACACUGGGUCUCGUACUGCAGAACUCCUUAAUAAUUCGUGUGUCCAUUGUUUUUAAAACUAGCUAAUUUUACAAUCUCUCUAUAAGAUAGAUGAUAGUCUAGUAAACAAAUGCCCUCACGUUUCUUUGAUGCACUGGAGCUAGUCUUUCUGACCGCAUCACACCCCUUUCAAAUGUGAUAAGAUGCUCUUGUAUCCUGAUCUGAUUGUAAGUUAUUAAAAGUUGGAAACAUCGAGCACGUAACACAAAAUGUUGCAAGCCAUUGAAUGUCAGCAUUAAUUUUAAAAUCUGGAGGAUCAGUAGUUUAAGGUCAAAUGUAACUGCUACACAAAUUUAAAUCUUAGUGCAAAUGGCAUUUUUUUUCAGGCUUUUUUUGGAAGAGCUUACUGAUUGCUUUCUUAAUUUGUUCAGGUGAGGGCAGAAACACAUAACCUGGUGCCUGAUCAGAUGUUCCCAGUGCCAUGAAAUGUUUACUAGAAUAUAAAUCCCAUUGGUGUGGUUAGGUCCUAGUUAUCCUCACAGCUUUCCAUCAGAAUCUGAACUGAAUCAAAUUUCAUAUUACUCUUGCAUAGCCCAAUUUUGAACAAUUUCUGCAUUACAAUCUGGACUAAAGCGACAACUGGGCAAAACUAAACUGAAAUUCUCCCUCCCUCCCACAAAUGAAAUCUACCUGAAUUUGUCAUAGUAUGAAAAUAACACCUUCAAGCCAGAAUUAUGAAUUGCUUCAGGCAACACACACAAAAUGCUGGAGGAACUCGACAGGCCAGGCAGCAUCUAUGGAAAAGAGUAAACCGUCAACAUUUUGAGCUGCGGCCCUUCAUCAGUCCUGAUGAAAGGUCUCAGUCCGAAAUGUCGACUGUUUGCUCUUUUCCAUAGAAGUUACCCGAACUGCCGAGUUCCUCUAACAUUUUGUGUGUUGCUCAGAUUUCCAGCAUCUGCAAAUUUUCUCAUCUUCAUGAAUUAUUUCGAAUAUUUUCAAAAUUAUAUCUGCCUUUUUCAUACUUGGUGGAAGAAAUCAAUUCCUGUUGCAUGCAUGUUCCUAGGAAAGGAUUGAAAUUUUGGUGUAAGACCACUGUUUAGUAUAAUGUCAUGAAGGUUCCCAACGACAGGUUGAGCAAGACCUAGUUAAAAUACUGAUUGUUCUGUUUGUUUUGCUGUGGAGUAACAAGAACAGUCCAAAUAUCUUCUGAGUGAGAAAGCUCUUGCAUACGGUUUGUAAACACAGGUUAGAACAGUAUUUAGUUAUGUGAUGUGUGUGCUUAAGUUAUGUCAUUGAUAAUGUAAUGUUUAUGCUGACUGGAUAAAAGGAGCUAUUCAUCAGUGUUUUUAUUCCAUUUUUUGUCUUUUUUAAUUUAUUUUAUGAAGUUGGAGUAUUUUAAAACCUCAGUGUUUUUGUAGAACCUACUAGCUGUAUUGAAGCAGUCAACUAGUGAACAAAUACAAAGGGGAAAGCCAGACAUGUCGAAGCCUCAGACUUGGAUUUGUUUGCGUCCUGCGUACGGAUGUAGAUGCUGAAGAAAAUAUUGGAACAAAUAUGAGUAGACUGCAGUUUGCUGACUGAAUUGUUUGCAUUCCCAUUGAUACUGUUAAGUUUGAGAAGCAUUCCAUUUACCAAAUCCCUGACCACCUGGUUUUCAAAUGUGUGGAGAAGGUCGGUUUGUUUGUUAAGAAAUUUAGAUUGGGUUAGUUUAAGGGAAAUGUUAAGAAGAGAAGGACUUUCUGUGUGUUUUUUUUAUAAAGCCUGUGUGGGAAACCACAACAGUUGAGAUCUAAUCAGAUAUAUUUAAUAUUUUAUUACCAUUGUGCGUCUACCAAUUCACUUUUGCUAUGAUUUAAGAUUAAUUUAUGGAACUUUAGGCAUUGGCUUUACAGAGAAACGGUGGCAUGUGCACCUGUAUUCCCCUCAAAAGAAAGACAAAGUGUCUUCUAUCAACCAUUUCUUGGUUCAUUACUUUGGUGCUUUGUACAAAAUAUACCUCUCACACAAGUGCUUCCCUCCAUUCCUCUGAUUAUUCCAAUGGACUUCAGUCAAAUGAGUUUUCUUUAAAUUGAUGUUCACAGUUGUGCAUAAAAACAGACAAAAUAUUAGAAACAGCAGACCAUGUGAUAUUUAAGCCUCGAAUUUUUUAGUAAACUCUUGUCUUCACUGGUACUGGGGCAGCACAUCUUACCUGUGUUAAAUAAACCAUACUUUCCUGUACAUAUCUUCUGUUUAAUAUGCACAGUUUCUAGGCACAAACCUCUUUGUCCACCAGAUUCAUAUCCGUCAUUCUUCCCAAUUUCCAGAAAUCAGUCUUUGAUUUGAAUAUAGUUAAUGACAGGCCAUCUACAGCUCUGAGAUAAAGUGUUCUGGAUGUUCACAUUGGAGUGAAGAGAAUCUUCAUGUCAGGAUUAGCUAGGUAGCCCCUUCCUGAAUUUGAGAUUGUAUUUGAAAGUGGAGUCACUUUCUUUCUGCUAUGCUCCCACCACAAUCAGAUUAUAUUACCAUCUGCUCUUGGAGAAUUCCAGUCUUAAAAGUUUUAUGGCAAUUGCCCAUUGCUCUAAGCUCCUGGAUACAUAAACCCACCUUGCUGUUGUUGGACACCCGGGAAUUGACCCAGUGAGCCUUUGCAUCACUGCAGGGAGACUAAAACUGUACUAAUCUAUCUGUGCUUUCACCAAGACCCUGUGUAGUUCUAACACAACUCCCUGCCUCCAGUGGCCCACUGCAAUUUGUGCAUCAGAGUCCAUGUCAGCAGCUUUCCUUGUUAAUUGAGGGUAACCUGUUGAGCUUCACUGCACUUGCAAUAGUACUUUGUGUUUUUUCUUUAUAUCCACCUCUGAUGCUACAUCAUUUUCUCAGAAAUACAAUAAAGUGUUGGCCAAGUUUUUGUGUCUAAAAUGGCACCCAAAACAGCAGGAAGGACCAUCAAGUCAUGACUCCCAAAUGAAAGCAGGUAUUAGUGAUGCUUAACACAGGUCAUAGUUCUGGUCAAGCUUCUUGUAAAGAAGAGUUUUAUUGCUGAUGCUUUUCCUUGUACUGGGUGUGAAAACAUGUUGAAAUCCUUGACCCUCCACACAUACACUGGCUGGAAUAAAAUCUGGUUAUUCACAGCAAAAAGAUACAUCUCAAUGUGAAUUAGAGAUGUCUUGGCACAGAACAGAAAUAGACAUGAUGAUGCUUAAUGCAUUUGGCAUGUCCCCACGUAUAUUUUUGACACAAGCCUCAUUUUGUGUAUGUGGGAAAAUGAUGUGAGAUAAUCGUAACAUUCCUAAGUUGUUUGAAAGAAAACUCUUGCUUCUCGCAAACAUGACUCUUAAAAGUAUCUGCCAGUAAUAAAAUAUCUUUAACUAAAGCAGCCCAUGUGCUGUGCAAGAAGAAAUGUAGCCUUGUGAAUUGGCUGGGUAGUGUGCAAUUUAUAUAAGUCUGUACUGGGAGCAGAGGUAUGACUAAACCACUACGUUAGCAUUCUGGCCCAAUAAAAACUGUUUUCUGAAGGAAAUAAGCCCUUUCCUGGUUGUGUAGCCUCUAAUGUUGAAAUCUGUUCUGUUCUGUUCUCAUCCGAAUGUUUCUUACUCUUUCUCGGUUUUCUGAGAAGUUUGAUGCUUUGACACAUGUCCAGCAGUGCUUGUUUUAGAAUGUUAGUGAAAGGAUUUGACAAUUUGUUUAAAGUUGGAGAACGUCUGCUGUUUUCUGCAAUACAGGGUGGUUGCAAGAAGAUCACCACUUCCCAAACACCGCACACACUCAAGUAAUAUAGCUAUUCUAGAGAAGUUUACUCUGCCGCUGAAUGGUCCUAGUGCCUAUUUUCAAAUGAGGCAGGGAAUGCAACCCACUUCGUAGAUAUUUGUUCUCACUCAGUUGCUAUCCGUGUAAAAAAAACCCCAAGGAGUGAAUACUGCUGCAUGUGUUGGUUUUGAUGUCUUUUACUGAAAUGAUAUAGGAUAAUUGCUAUUUAGAAUGCAUUAGAGCUGAGGGAAUCAUGCAAAUGAGCAAUUAAAUUCUGAACAACUAAAACUUUGAUGCCAGAUACUCUUACUAGUCUCUCCUUCAGGAGACUAUGAUCAGGGAUAUUCAUCCAACAUUCUGAUUUGCCAUGUGUAUUCCUGUUGAAACAACUGAUUCAUUGAGGUUUGUGUGUUGGCUCACACAUUGCAUUCGCUUCUAAUCUUUCAAAGUGAGCACUGCUGGGAGUGGGUUAGGGGAUGGAAGUAGCCAAUUAACUACCCAAAUCGCUACCAUAGCUUUUUGGGAAAGAUUGAUCAUGUUACUUACCUUGGUAAAGAAUGUUGCCUUAACAGGACACAUUGGCUUGGGUUCUGGUUUUAACUAAUGUAUCAAAAAAUUGUUUACUUUCCUGUUAAAACCAAAACCAAACCACCAUUUGAUAUUUUU